GUCUUGAUUUAUGAUGUGGUGAUGAAACCUGUUGUUAUCCAGUAACCCUAGAAGGUGAGUGGGCAUCCUCUUGCUGGAGUUAUAUUACAUUAGAAAAUAGAUACCUGAUUUAGGAUUUAAACAACACUACAAAAUUCCACUUGAAGCAAAAAUGGUGGGUCCAUCUUCAUUGUUUAGCAAAAUCCUUGUGGGAUGUAUGUUUCUCUUGUUUUUGUAUUUCUUAUACAUGGAUACAAGUUUAUAUUUUCGAAUACAGAACUUUCCUAUACGAAGAGAAGCUGAUAAUAGUACUUUACUGGAAUCGGAAUUAUUUUUUUCUUGUGAAGUUUCUCCACUUUGUGAUGUGACAGUAAAAUCUAUGAUGUUGGACCAUGCCAAUCACUACUUGUUGAGCCCAUUGGCAACACUGGCUGACAAGAUUCUUGGCAUUCAUCAUAUAGAAUACAUAACACCAAAUAUGAUAAGUGCAUUUCAUGUACUUGUGGCAGUUGCUUCUGCCAAGUGUAUAGCAUCUGAUUCCUUGGUGACACGCCGGGUGGGUGUUGGACUGUUUGAGCUGCGAAGCAUGCUGGAUGAUCUAGAUGGACAUGUUGCUAGAGCCAGAAAACACAUUCGAGGAGAAACAUCUGAAAUAGGAUCUGUGGGUUACUUUGUGGAUGGUUUGUGUGAUGCAUUAGGAACAAUAGCAUUAUUGAUUGGUUGCCUUGUUUUCCUGAAGAACAACCCUCCACGUAGAGGCUAUACGCAACUGCAGACGAUAAUCCCGCAAGUACUGGAUGUGUCAAAGGACACUGGUGCAGGUGUAACAUAUAAAGGAAAAGUUACAUCAAAGAAAGUGAUGCAUAAAUUGAGUUGUUUUGGAGCACAGGUGUUGCUGAGCUCAACAGCCUGGAAUCGGUACAUUGCUUUGUACCAGGAUCUUUUGGAGAGGCACAGUGUGACAGAACAACAGGCACAGGGUCAAAUCCAAGCAUUUCGAUCAUCUCUGAUGUGGACUGUUGCGUGGUUAUGGCGUUUAUUUAAUCCACAAGCCUAUAUUCAUGCUUUGCUUAUUGCCAUCUUUUGUGACAAGGUAUGGGAGUUACUUCGUGCUGUGCAGUAUAUUGGAUUUAUUGUGCUCCUGUGUCUUAUUUGUAUUUCUGAGAUGCAUGUGCUAGAGGUUCAAGCUUUCAUAUAUAAAUCUCUUAGCAACAGCACGACUGUGACAUAAUGAUUAUUGUGAACAUGGAAUGUUUCAAUUUAAGUUAGCCAUUACAGAUUCUAAGUUGGUGGAAUGGUUUCAAGUAUAUUUUUACAUAGCAUUGCUUGUUUGAAGACUGUGCCAUAUAUAGUUGGCUAAUGUUUUUCCUCCAAAUAUUAAUUUUUCAUGUUCUAAUGAUGAUUUUAUAUGUAUAGUAUAUAUACAUAUACUCAGUAAAUUAUUUUACUCUUGAAACAAAUGUUCAUCUCUCAUAGAAUGGGCCAUAAUACAGUUGGAGCAUUAUGUUUCAUGUAUAUGGUGUCUCAAAUUAAAUAUAAGAUUCAUUUACGGAGAGUACUAGCAAACUGAACCAGCAGCACAGCAUACCAAGAAAAAUGAACCUGAACAUAUUAAAAUGGUAGAAUGUUUGUGUUGUACAGAGGUGUAACAGUGAAACUAUAGUACAAAUUAAUGUGCUCAUAUACAGUUAUGAAAAUGGCAGGUAUUGAUAAUAAUGUGACACUGCUGUAUGCAGCAGUUUGCAUCUUUUGGCAGUAAAUGGUGGUUGUAAGUUCUGUAUUAAUUUGGAUCCUUAUUUCAGUGAGUGUAGUAUUUGUCCAUUAAUGUGUUAAUAAAAGGUGUUGGUGAUAAGUUAUGAUGAAUACAAAACAUCUUGCUGUUUACUUCAUUUCUCAACUUGACGAUAAUUAAUUGCCUCUGAUUCAUAGCUGUAUGCAGUGUUAAUAGACAGAUGCACAUUCUAGCCUGUGGAAAUGUAAAACAAACCACUUGGAAUGUAUUUGUUCAGUAUAAAGAAAAAAUGGAUUCUUGUAAAAUCUGCCAUGACAGAUCAUGUGUUUUGAAUUUAAAAGUUAAUGAAGAGUUCUGUCCUUUGGGGUGUAAUGCUUUGUAGUCCAUUGAAAGUCAGCCAAUA